GUCGGAUCUCCGAGCCGCUCGCGCGCAGUGCGCCGAGAGCGAGGAGGCGGGCCGAUCUGCCGCAGCCAAGCUCAAGCUGGCUGAGCAGGAGCUGACACGGCUGCGCCUGCUGGAGAAGAACCACAUCACCGAGCUCAACUCCCUCAGGACGGCGGAGAAGGAGAAGGUGGAUGAUCUGAGCCGGCGGCUGUCGGAGGUGGAGAAGCAGCGGCUUGUGCUGCAGGAGGAGGUCACUGCCAAGUCCACAGAGCUGACGGCUACCGCCAAACGCUGGACUGAUGACUUUAGCGCGCUUGAUCGCGGCUUGGCGGCGGCCUUCCCUGAGACGCAGGAGGCGGCUUUGGCAGCCGUCGGCGCCGCACGUGACUCCAGGAGGCAGGAGACUGGCGAGGGCAGCUCGGAGUACUUCUCCAUGGAGGACCACCUGGCGUCCAUGGCCGCCCGCAUCGAGCCCGUCACCCAGCUCGGCUGGGAGUUGCGGAAAGCGGCUGAAGAGCUGGUGCCCAUGCUAUGGCCUGGGGAGGCGGUGCCGCAAGACAUCUCCGGCCUCAUCUCCGCGAUGGAGCGGGCGCCGGACCGCUUCCUCGACUGGAAGGAGUCGGCCACGCGCGCCGGUGCCGACAUGGCGCUGUCCUUCGUCCUCUCCUGGUACAACGAGGUGGACCUGGGGCAGCUGGAGUCCCGGCGAGCCGGCGUGGAGACCAAGCUCCCAGCCGAUCUCAAGGCCGCCCGCCUCGCUCGAGCCAGCACCAUCGCCGAGUUCGUCGACAAGACCCUCUUCGUCGCGGAUCCGAACCCUCCUCCAUCCAAUGAUGAAGAAUACAUGGAUGAGGAGGAGGCGGAAGACGUGCCUGAGGACGACCCGGCCGCCGGCUCCACUGAUGCCCCUCCGGCUUAGAUUUCCUGCUUUUCAGUUGUUCUUUUGCAAGACAAUUUAUUAAAUCCCCGGGAUGCCGGGUGCAGAUGUAAGACAAUAUUAUCGCC